GAGCCCUGUGCCAUUUGGAACUCAAGCGUUUUUCUGAAGCCAUGACAUGGUGUGAGGAGGGGCUGAGAAUCAAUCCAAAAGAAAAGAAACUCCUAGAAACAAGAGCUAAAGCUGACCAACUAAAGCGUACUGAAGAGAGAGAUUUGAGAAAAGAUAGAUUACAGGAGAAGAAGGAAAAGGCUCAGAAAGAUGCUGUAUUCAAAGCUAUCAAGAAUCACAACAUCAAAUUGUCACCAGUAUCUUCUGAGGAUGAAAAUGUAAUAUCAGCAAGUCUGGCUGAGAUGUCUUUAGAUGGAUUUAGCUCACAGAGUGCAACUGGUUCCAAGAUCUGUCUAGAUGAAAAUGGCAGCCUUUCCUGGCCAGUGUUGUUGUUGUAUCCUGAGCAUGGGCAAAGUGAUUUAAUCUCUGCUUUUCAUGAAGAAUCCAGAUUUAUUGACCAUUUAACGGUCAUGUUUGAAGAGCUACCUCCCUGGGAUACAGAAAGAAAAUAUUAUCCUAGUGAAUUAGAGCUUUUUUAUGAGGAUGAAGAAAGAGAAGAGAUAUACCAGAUAGGCACCCAGUCGACAUUGUUGCAAGCAUUGCAACACCAAAGAUACUUUGUGAAAGCUGGGACUCCUACUUUUUUUGUUUUGGUAAAAUAUGCUCCUUUCUCUAAAAACUACUUUUUGGGGAAGAAAGUUCACUGGCUUAAGUGAGCGAAUAUGAACUUCUUAAAGAAGAACAAGAACAGCACCUGCCGUGACAAGCACCCUUUAGCUUUUUAAACUGGGAACAUCUUGUACAUGUGUGCUUUACUUUUCUGCCGUCACAGUGACAGUCAACUAGAACGUGUCCUGCCAGUCCCAUAGGAAGGAAUGUGAAAGACUGAAUAUUAACAAGGCUGCAGAACUGGAACUGGCAUUUAUCAUAUUUAUGCAUUUCACAAUGUAAUACUGCUAACCUGCUUUGCAGACCAAGAAUCUGGUUCUCUCUCAAGGUACUCAACUGGCCCUAUUUCUGUUAAUUUAAUACUACCAUACCUGCAGACCAACCAUAGGUGUUGAUCGGUUAUUCUGUAGCUGUGUGUGUGUGCGUGCGCGUGUGCGUGGCUGCAGCCGACUUAUGGU